AUGAAAAUUUUCGCAAUUUCUGCCGUUUUAUUGAUCAUUUCAACCGUUGCCAAUGCAAGAUUUUUUCAAGAGGAAAGGAGUCCCUUUAUUAAAAGAUUAGAAAAUUUCGAUAGAAGUAGUACUGUGGGUGGUUUCCUUGCCGAUAUCUCAGGAACUUGUAUUGACUCUUUGGUAGCAGCUGCUCCACCUUGCUCCAUGCAAGAUCAAUGCGACAAGAUCAUUGAUGUGGCUAAAUCUCGGUUCACACGUUAUAGUAAGAAACAGAGAAUACAACUUAUUAAAAUUGCCCAAGGAUUGUUACAAGCCGAAAAGAAUACACCAGCAAAGGGAUUAAGAUCUGUUGAUUGUAACAGAUUACCAAGACAUGCUGAACUUAACGGUCUAUUCGCCAGACAAGACCCUAGCAAUGGUCCCGGAAGAAAGAUGAAACCAUUCGUUCCCAAAAAAUUCACUAAAAUCAGAAAUUUUAUACUCAAAAUUAAAGGCAAAAUAAUUUCACCUGGAAGAAGAUUCCAAAGAGCCGGUCCCCACAAGAGAGGUGUAACACCAAAAUUCAGUGGUAAAAUCGACGGAAGAAUCUUUAAAAGAGAACAAUCAACAAUCCUCAGUUUGGUUAACAAAAUCGACCGAAGCAAAUUAAACAAAGCUCAAAAGGACCAAUUGACCAAUUGUAUCAAGACAUUGAAAGAAAAUAAGAAGUCCAAGUUAAUCAAAGCCGAUUGCGAACGUCUCAUCCAAGAAUUAUUUGUGAAAUCCCCAAAGAAAAACUAA